AUGCCAGCCGCUUCUACCACAUUAUCAACCACUGGAUCCCAACAACCUACAACUAAAACAAUGAACAAUAGUUCUUUGCAUUCUUCUAAAAAAAAAACGAAAUGGUCUUUCAAAUCGGCAAUAUCAAAAAAACCGGUGGAUGCCGCUUCAAAAGCCAAUGAUAUAUCUAAUAACAACCAUCGUUUGAACAAUGACAAGACAACGCGUCAUUUCCAUGAUUCUAAACUAGACCUUUCUAGACCUAGUAAAGUUGUUUGUUCUCGGUUCAAUUCUAGUUCUAGUAAAUUAUCUUGUAACUCCUGUGCAACUGAUAAUACAACUGAUAAUACCGAUACCGAUAAUACUCCUUCGUCACCUACAAACUCUCUCCGCUUCAUGAAUGAUGAUGAUAUAGAAAUGAUACUUGAUGACGAUAGUCAAGAAACAUCUCCUAAUUCUUCCAUCACUUGGGUGGAAGACUUAACUGAUCAAAGCUUUCCAUCCGUCUCACCUAUGGCUCCUCAGCUCUCAAAUAUUACGACUAAUAAUGUCAUUGAUUUAACCUCCUCUCCAUCUCAGUUAAAUGAUAACGUUUCCACCAACAAAUUCAUGGUUCGAACUCUUAGUCUUUUAAGAAAAUUUGAAAAUGAUGAAAGAGAUUCUUCAAAAAGUCGACUACGUUCCCGGUCAAGAUCAUUUAAUGACUUGUUAAAUAAAGAAAAUGGUCAAGUUGUUGAUGAAUCUGUUAAGGAUUUGUCAUCAAAGUUUUCUUCUAAACGUAAAAAAUGUGAAUCAACCGAAUUUAGACCUAUAUCAUUACCUGAUCCUUCUUUACUCAAUCAUGAUUCUUUGGUGUCGGGUACAAAUGAUACCAUGAGAUGUGAUUCUCCUGUCUCCGAUGUUCCCUCCGAUACUCUCUCCGAUCCUCCGAACACUAUCACCUUUAUAAAUAAAAGGUGUUCUUUAAAUGAAUUUUAUGAUAUUAGGCGUAGUUGGUCUCACAUAGAAGUACGGCAUCUUAAAAACAUAUUUUCGAAAAAGCGUGUUAUUCUUGACGGGAAACGAAGAAAUUCCUACGCUUACACUAAUUCUAUAAAAACAAAUCAACAAAUUGCUGCUGAAUCAGAAAUUCGUCUUUUAAAUCAUCUUCAUAAAACAAGAAAUUCUAAUGUGAAGGUUGUUAAUGUUGAUGACAAUGGUAACGUUGAUACGGUUAUAAAAGACCCUCCAACUGUCCCUUCUUCUCCUGUCCUUCAGGUUGAUGUUGAAAAAGAGAUUGAUGUCACUACUAAGUCAAUUCAAAUGAGAAAAUUCAUUUCUUGUGAGAUUUAUUCUACUGAACAAAGUUAUCUGAGUCAUUUAAAAGAUCUAAAAAGGAUAUUCAUGGAUCCAUUUAUCGAUGCGGCUCAACAACCUAAUCCGCUAGUUAAUCCUGAUGACAUUGAAACAAUCUUUGCCCAUAUAAGUGACCUUAUAGUAUUAUCUACUAUAAUUGUAGAAGAUCUCGAAAGUAGCAUGGAUCCAUGGCAAGAAUCUGAAUCAAUGGUUGGAGAAGUAUUUUUAAAAUACAGACCUUAUUUUGAAACAUUAUUAUUAUACGCAGAAAAUCAUGAACAAAAGUUAAAGAAAUAUACACCAGAGUGCCAUAUGGAUUAUGACGAUCUAUGUCACGCAGUAGAUAAUAUGAAGACUCUCGCCCUUCAAUGCGAUAAAGCUAUUCAACAACU